GACAAAAUGGCGGAAGAACUGUCGAACAUUUCUAGACUUAUGUUGAUCCAGAACUGUCAGUGAAAUGAGUUGCACGAGUGCACACGCUUUCGACGUUAGGAGACAGUGCCUUGAGAUUAUCUCAGACAUAACAAAUAAACAGGAAGACUCGUCGGUAGACGAUAUAAACCUGGCAAGGAAAUGGCUUCUCUACUAUAGAGAGGUACCAACAAGACUUCAGGGAAAACUACCGCGGUGUGGGUUGUCAGCUGUUAGCAUGGCAGCGGAAUUGAUAAAUUUAAAGAGAAUAGUGGGUGAUGACAAUGUUGUAUCAUCUGCACAGAAACCGUACGAAGAGGAAUUGAACAACUUACUGACAUUGGCAAAAUCCAGAGGUUUUUCUAAUCAAGGAGAAAUGUAUUCGGCAGAAAAUCUUGCUCAUCUUGCUGAGGAGUUUUAUGGUGUGAAAUGCUCAGUCAUAAGUAAUGCAUUCGAGGAUCAACACUCCACUGUCUCUCAAUUACUUAAGGGAUCAGCUGUGCUUGUCCCGUAUGAUGCUGAUAAGAACAAUAAACCCUGUUUGGAGAAUGGCCACCGAGCCCAUUGGGCUUUGCUCACAGGUGUCUUGUGUGAACUGUGCGACAACAGCAUCGACUGGACAUUGUUUGAGCAAGAUGUUGAUGUUCCCAUGUUAUUCUGUGUAAGUCCAUUACAAUCAUUUGUCUUACCCCCUAAUUGUAAACUGGGACAUGUUUACUUUUGCGUCAAGCAUGGUAAAUCAAAGCACACAGUUGUUUGGACCCUUGAGAGUUUAAAGAGUAGUAAUGCAAAUCUUUUGGAACUAGAUCCGAAACGAAGACUAGCUGGGAAUUGCAUUGUUCCCAGAGAUGGCCUAAGGGUUGGACUGUGUCAGAAAAUUGUACUUAUGUCUGGAAAAAGUUAGAAAAUUAAGUAGCAAUAAUAAGAAUAUACUGAACAAAGAUAUUAGAUGUCAACAAAUUUAUUUACCAGUUCUGAGUAUUGUUUGACCUAAAACAGUUCUAUACUAUAACAAGGAAUUGAAUAAAGUAUUUUAAUUUACAAUAUUCAGUAUUUAUAUUCGAGUAUUUGCAACGAAAAGGUCAAAACAAAGAUUAAAGUAAAAAACCCAAAAAAAAUGAUAUUUUUAAGGUAUUUUUCUCACAGUUUAAACAAUUGUGACCUUAGAAUAUCAGUGAUUAGAAAACAUUAACAAAAUGCCUGGCAUUGACAACCAACAGUUUCCCACUGAAGACAAAAAUUUCCCAAUCAUUGGUGGAGGAAAGGAUGACUGUAUUAAGCUGUAGUUUAAUACUUUGCCAGGCCAAAAAGGUUCCCAUUAUAAGUUCUUUUAAAUAAAUGCUGGUGUCCUAAGGCUUUGUAACUAGUUUACUACAAAGUGAUGACAUGUUUUUUUUUUUUCCUAUAAUUAUGUGCAUUGCUU